UACAGGAUGUCACAACAUGCAGGUGUUUCUCCGUCCCUAAAGCCAUGUAGCAGUUUAGCCAGCUUAUGUCAGGCGGCACUUGAAAAGUUGUUGUUGCAGGCAUUUUGCUUACUCGGCAAGCUGGAGGCCAAAUUAAAGCCUGUGCGCCAUAUACCUGUGAAUGGGGUGGUCGCCUUCCUGUGCCAGAAAGAGCAUGAUGUACCAUUCACUCAAAUUGAGGCAUACCUGUAAUCCAAAAUGCCAGCCAGCUGCAGACAGGGAAUGGUCAACAAUAUGUUAAAUGCACUUGCAACGCCGAGAUUUGACGAGAACACAUUAAUAAGUAACGUUGAGUUAAAAUUUCAAAUCCUGGAUACAGUCAUAGGUGCUUCCGAAAUAAAGCAGGUGUUAAAGAUCUUUAGAUGUAUGCUGUUAGGAUAUGUGACAAGUCUAGACUUUAGUGGCUUUUAUAGUUUUUGGAGUUGCUGGAUUGCUAAAACAAGGAGAAUCCUACAUACAUGGGAUGAAAUGCAUGGAGGAGGGGAAUACAUUGAGGGCAUUAAGGCAGCCGAAGUGUGUACAAUUCACAAGUCAUUAUGGUGUGACAUGGUGCACGAGUACAAAACAGUUGCAAAUGCAGCUGCAGUUGGUUCAGCAAAGUAUUUUCACCAGUUGACAAGAAUCAACAUUGACCAUGUUGCAAGUGGUGAACUUAUAUGGGCAAUAGGAUGCAACUGUCCUGUCUUACAGGAAUUGAGUAUAUAUGUAGACACAUUAGCCAGAAGCAAACACUCAGCUCACUUUGAAGAAGAAUUUUUAGAUGGUUUAUCUGCAUUGUAUGGGCAUAGAAAGUAUACUCAGACAUCAUUUCGAGGAAAACCAGUUGGAUGCCUUAAGAUUCGUUGUAUAAUUAUGCCGUCACUUCAGAUUCAAGAAAAAAUGGAGAAAUGUUGUGGCAACCUACUCUAUUACUUACACCAUCUUGAAGAAUUAUGAAAUGUUUGGACAACAGGUUCUAUUGCAGCCAUGUUUAAAGAGAAAGACUACAAUUUCAGACCACUAUCACUCACUUACGUAGAUGAUGCUCGAGCACCAGAGACUUUAGAGAAAGUGUGCAAACAUUUUGGUAUUGAUAUAAAAAGAUUUUUACCCAAUGUUACCAGUGUUAGACUGUGGAAGAAUCAUUGUGGAGUGAGACAGUUUCUUAAUUUCCCUCUGUUGAAAGAAUUAGAACUAUUCACAAUAGAAGAUGCUGAGCUAGAGUUUGGCAAUAACUUCACCAAACUAAUGCAUUUCAAAGGCAACUUCCGCUGGGAUGAGAAGAUACUGGCUGCCUUCUCUCAGAAAGCUCCUCGCUUGGAAACAAUAUUCUUCCAGAGUGGCACCUUGUUUAAACACAAGACCAAGAAGACCAGAGAGAUAAUGUCAUUCCCCAAAGUACAUGUUGUUAAGUUCUACCAGCUAAGACACAUUGAAUCUUAUCCUGUCAUUAACUUCUUGAAAAGCACCAAAGUCCUCACACACUUAUUCUUUGAAGAUGAUGAGAAAAUCAGAGAUUAAAAACCUCCAAUGUAUGAGGCAAUAAAUGACAAAGCCAUUGCUCUGAGGAACUUGGUUUGUUUUCAUGCCCGCAUUCAAGGAUUCUGCUGGGUUUGUAAGUUUUCCCUGACUGAAAGGAGUGUCCACAGUCUUCUUGCCAAUUGCCCAGAUUUGACUGAUUUGGGAAAUUUAUUUCACUGGGAUAUUCCUUACUAAGAUGUUCUGGCUCUAAAGAAACAGGCAAAGGAGGGGAACUGGAAGAUUGGUUUCACACCACCUGAUGAUGUGUAGAUUGGUAUGCAAGAAAUCACUGAAUUUGAAAACAAUAUUCUAAUUGUAAAUUAUACGGCACAUAUAAGUACUUGACACAAUAAUUUCAUUGAGUUAGCCACUUAAGGCCCAGGUUAUCCAAGUUGAUUUGUCCCUAGUCCCUGAGCUAUCACUGGCUGCACAACUUUCCUUUUGGGUACAUUAUAAUUAGACUACUUUGGGCUAAAGGCUUCUGUGCUGGCUUCAAAAUGUUGUUCAUAUGUUAUAACUGCAGAAUAAUGUUUAACAAAUUUAGUGGUCACCAUUGACCAGAUAUCCUCAUUGCCUGUGAAAAUAUCAGGAUGAUUGGGUUUUAGGUUCAAGUUCCCAGCCAAAGAUAAUCCCUGGCCUGUGUCUAGUUUCAUAGUCAAGUAAGACUAAUAUAACCAAAGCUUUAGCCUGUAAUAGCCUGUUUGCCUUACUGUCCUUUCUUGCAUAUAUACUUGUCUCAGAUCCAUUCGGUAUAAUGUAGUUCUACUUUAUCAUGUGUUUAUUCUUCUUAUGGUCAAAUAAUAAGAAAUAGGAAUAUGUAGGUAGUAUUUACUUGGUUUUACAGCUUACUUUGUGUACACUGUUGAAUGACAGAAAAGAUCAGCUAAUUUGCUGUAAAAUAUUAUAAUACAGAGAGGUGUUAGGGGUAAUCAUGCAACACCCAUGGAGAAGCUUUGCAGGUUAGUCCAUGCCUAGACCGAACUAUGCUUAUCCAUAUUAUUAAAACACCUAUUCAGCUUUAUAUGUUUGUAAAGCUAAGGGAAGUCAUUAGUGAAGUGGAUCUUACCAACUGACCUUUGUUGAACAUUAUAUUCUAGUAUACAUAAACUUUAGCCUUUGUUUUUUGUGUGGUAAGAACAUCAUUGCAUGUAACUGCAUUAGCCAAUGUAUUAUAUUUGUCCAUAUGAGAGAGACUGAACUAAUAUUACAUUUUAGAGCCCCAUGGGUAUGUUCAAGUGUCUUUGCCGGAAAUGUGGUAACAGAAACUAUGUAUAUGGUGGGUGUUGGUGUUCUCCCAGGAUAGCCCUAGCAUGAGCCACUGAUAGGGCUUAACUACUCCAAGUAACCAAGUAACUAUCUGGCAUCUAACCAACUAUCUUUGUUCCAUGCCUGAUGACAGAAUUAUUGUGUUUGUUGACUGCAUUAAGUGAGACUGCAAAACUAAAUUGCAACUGUAGAUUUCUUAUAGUUGGUUAUGAUCUGCUGUAACUUUUACCUGAGCCUUAACCAACUGGUAUAAUUAUUGCCAAGAUUUAAAUAUGUCAAAAAUGUGACUGCCAGUGAGGGUUGCAUUUUAUGCUCUAGCCUAUCUAAGAGGCAAUCUGUGAUACUCAUGCUAUUAAAUACCUGGUAUGUUGUGAUUUACUAUUUAAUACAGAGGAAUAUCAAUAUAUAUUUUGUAAAGCAGAAGUUUGAAUUAGUUUUAAAUGUAAUUCAAAAGGAAUAUUUGAAACUGUUGUUACACUUAGUAUUUUUCUUGAUUUCUUUUUAUAGUAAUAUGAAAUAUUUUUUUACCAUUCAUAAAUUAAUAAUAAAUGUGUGGGACUAUUUAGUUACUAGUUGGCUGAUUUUGUAAUGAUGUAUAUUGUGUAAAGUAUUUGUUUAAUCCAAU